AUGAGACUGAUCAUCCAACGCGACGGCGACGAAGUGGCCACGUGGGUCGCUCGCUAUGUCCGGCAACGCAUUAACGACUUCAAGCCGACCGCCAACCGCCCGUUCGUCCUUGGUCUCCCCACCGGCAGCUCGCCCCUCAAGUCGUAUAAGAAACUCGUCCAGUACCACAAGGAAGGCAAGCUCAGCUUCGAACAUGUCGUCACGUUCAACAUGGACGAAUACGUCGGGUUGCCAGAAGACCACCCUGAGUCGUACCACUCAUUUAUGUGGAACAACUUUUUCCAACAUAUCGACAUCAAGCGCGAAAACAUUCACAUUUUGAACGGGAACGCGGACGACUUGGAGAAGGAAUGCGCUGACUACGAAGCCAAGAUCGACCAUUUUGGCGGCAUUGAGCUCUUCCUGGGCGGCAUUGGCCCAGAUGGGCACAUUGCGUUCAACGAACCCGGCUCGUCCCUCGUGUCCCGCACUCGCGUGAAGACAUUGGCGUACGACACGAUCGUGGCCAACUCGCGCUUCUUUGGCGGAGACCUCAACCAGGUACCCAAGAUGGCGCUGACCGUUGGCGUCGGCACCGUCAUGGACGCUCGAGAAGUGCUCAUCAUUAUCACGGGCCACUCCAAGGCAUACGCGUUGUACAAGGUGAUCGAAGAAGGCGUGAACCACAUGUGGACCGUGUCGGCCAUCCAAACCCACAAGAAGUCGGUCGUUGUAUGCGACGACGACGCAACAUUGGAACUCAAGGUCAAGACGGUCAAGUACUUUAAGGGGCUGCACGAAACCCACGAGCACAUGAUUCGCGACAAGAACCCUUAA